CUCUCGAAGUCGCAGUCGCAUAUCCUGCAGCGUCGACGUAUGCACGGCUAGCUCAUGCCUUGCCCUUGGCUUAGGAGUAGCGGACUGCGACUGUGUGGUAGAUCUACUCGCUGUGUUUGUGGUGUGGCUAUGUGCUGCUGGUUCGUGAUCCUCAAGCUCAUACUAGAUUCGUCAUCGAGUUACCGGUACCUUCCUCUCGCUUCCACCUGGUUCGCCGUGUGUCCGGAGACUUCUCCUAGCUAGACUCCGUCCAGCAAUACUGCAACCCCUACUGGCCCUAGCCACUAGUGCCUGUGUGUACGGCUGGCAGGUACAGGGAUAUGCUGGUGCUUUCAACAAGUACACUUGCUAGCUGACUGAAAUGCUGGUUGGGCUGCGCCGCUGGUUAGCUGCUGUUCAGGUUUGCCUGUUGUCUGUUUGUAUGUGGUCAGCUGAGCUGCUUGUUUCUCAGGAACUUGAGGUACGUCGUCAGCCAAGACACACUAUCCCGGCAGCAACAGCAACAGCAGCAGCAUUAGUAACAGCAGUGCCACACGUCAGUCCAAACACAACAUCGAGCAGCCACAACAUCGCAAACACUCCGUAGCUACUUGGAGCAGCAGUCAGAAAGAGUCAGAAAGAGUCAGAAAGAAAGGCAGAAAAAGGCAAUCGCUACCGCGAGUGGGAGAAGGAAGGCAGCAGCGAGGAGCUCACCCGCCCUUCUCUCUGAGUGACAGCUUGGUGGUAAAUAUGAGCCGUGCCAAUGCGUGCGUGAGUCGUCUGGCUGUCGUGGGCCUAUGCCGCAGUACGAGGCCACAUGCAGCAGGCAUCGGCAAGUCCAGCUUUUGCUCGCGAUUCGUCAACGCUGACGCGGACAGUUGGCAAGAAUUGGGCGAAGAUCAUUCGCACGUUCUCAGCGAGGAAGAAUUUCAGUCACCUGAAGUGAACAGCGAUCACUUUCUAUACUUCGGAGUGGCUAAGCGUGAGUACUGUCCGGGCAAAAGUACCAAAGGUCGACGCGCGGAGACCGUCAAUGUUGAGGUGCAUGUUGUCGAACACACAACAUUUGUGGAGAAGGAAACAUUGAAGACAUGCCCUGGUGCUGGCGAUUUAGGUCACUAUGCCAAGCGAGCAACGUGCAUCAGACUACAGUCGGCUGGCAAGUGCUCCUACCAAGGCCAAUCACUGCUUGGAGGGGCGAGGAGAAGCGAGCUGUCUGCGGACAGCACUCGACGACACUUCCCGGCCGAAUUUGGCGAGGAGAACUCGUGGGGCGAUGGUGGUGUGCAGGGAGUUCUGCUUGUGUUGGAUCCGACUGCAUCGCCGCAAUCGCGCACCCUACAGUGGCGUGUGUUGGAAGAAUGCUGGCGGCAGCUUCCCAGGGAGCGGAGAGAGUUCUGCGCCAUAGUCCUCACGAAAUGCGACCAGGUGCCAUCGGAAAUCGUGCUGGACAAUCGCUUCAACGUGAUCGACUACUUCUCGCCUGACUCGCUGGAGGAGAGCAGUACCACGGGAGCAGCACUUCUCGACUGCCCAGGUAAACAAGCCAUCACCUGUGGUGCGUACACUUUACCUGUGUUCUACACAUCAGCCAGCCAAGCGGUGGGAGUGGAUGCGCCUUUUCUGCACCUUGCUCACAAGCUGCAAUGCCUGUCGGGAGCAGCUCCUGGCCCACUGAGAUGGGAGCGUGCAGUCAGCGUUCGCAAGGAUCUGGAACAGAAGAGCAUCCUGGCUCUGGAGAGCUUCUUCAGCCGCCACGUCACAUCGCACACGGUUACAUGGAUGGAGAUCACACAGGUUCAAGCCAGUGGACCACUGGAGAUGGGCCGCUCAAUCCACGGACUACGAGUGUGCAAGUCCUUGUUCAAGCUGAGCCUAAUGUCAGCCAUGACCAAGCCAACUGGAGGCGCCAGUGCAGGUAUCUCCAAAGACAGCAAGGACACGGGAAAGAAAAGCAUCUUCCACAGGCCGCCGAACGCUGCUGACCCUGCUGAAGAUGAGUUGGGCCCAGCAGCACGGGAUCGCUCCUACACGGCUCGACUGGCACAGAAUCACCUGCAGAUGCAGGAGCUCAAAUCCAGUGGGAAACCAAGCUCCUGUGCAAAGCCGGACAAGUCGUCACAACACAACACGCGAACACUGUUGGCGUCAUCUGGCCGAACUCCAAAGGACGCAGAGCGAUCAAGGCAUACAAUGUCUGACCUGUCCAGGACCACUUCACAGAGCCGCGAUAAUCAAGAGAGUCUGUAUGGCAGGGUGGACGACUUCAAGCUGCCGACCACAUCGGAGGAGGCAGAGAACAUUUAUCAGCACGUGAACUUGCCCAAGACGUCUGACUCAUUGCUGAGCCGAGCACUGAGCAAGGUAACCCAGCAAAAGAAGAUCUCGGCGGGUCACAGCACGGCUUCUGCAGACCAGGCACAGUGGCCAGUAACUGACCGAACUGAAGUGCCACCCACGAACACACACACCAAGAAGAGGAGGAUGAGGAAGAAGAAAGCUAGUACAAGCAUUGGGUCAUCCCCGGCAAGCAUUGACCCCAUGUGCAGCGACGAGGAAGUCGAUGUUGAAGACACGUACGAGAUCAUAGACCCAUGGAGUUUGGACUCUAACUCACUGGCUGACCAAAGUAAACUGAGCAGUUCUAGCCUGCAUGGAGGUGACAUGGCUACACACUCGUUGCCCCAGUCCACCACCUCUCACUCCUCUUUCCAGCAAGAACAGCUCCAGUAUGGUAGCCGUGUUCACGUCGCAGCUAGACAAAGCCCCUGGCCAGCGCAGAUGUCAGAUGAAAGUCUACCACCUCCUGCCAGCUCUCAGACAAGUGUUACCACUGAGAAUGAAGCGAUGAGUAGUUUUCGUGCUGGCGGCAGCAUGAGCUUAAGGGCACGUGAUCUCCAGGCCCCGCCGCCGCCUUUGCCAGCAGCAGCAGCAGCAGCACUGCCAGAUGUAGCAGAAGAGCCGCCGCGGCCACCAAAACCGGGCAGGACACUGACAGAUGUUUUUGCAACAAAUCCGCCACCCGUGCUUGACGCCAUGAGCAGCAGAGCAGGCAUGGCUGACUUGGGAUCUGAUGAAGACAGCUAUGAGGAGGUUGAUACAGUAUCCAGAAAGCCCCGCGAUCGCAAAGGAUUCUAUGACAGGUCCCAGCAGGAAAACAUCUACUCAACUGCUCCGUCAACUGAUGAGUUAAGCAGUGCCAUCAAACCCAUGUCCCCUGGUCCCGGUGCCAAGAAGGAACAAUCGGCUGCCAGGUUUUGCAAGCAUGUUGAUGAUACUGAUGAUGAGAGCUAUGUUGUGAUGGAUGCAUGGCACGACGGGGCACACAGCACCAGUAGAGACAGCACCAGUCACAGUGAACACGCCUCUGCGGCCACAAGCCGCGCUAACUCACUGCAGAGGCAAGAGACGCGACAGCGAAUGGAGAACGCAUACGUUUCUGACCCGCAGAAGUUUCUGGCGUCCGUCCGGACUGCCUCCAGGGCGUCACUGCAAUCAACUGGACAGCAGGUGGCGGUGGAGACGGAUGCACCUGCCUCGGCCAGCAAUGACGAUACAUUGCCCCCAAGUUCAGUGAUACCGGAUAGGCAAAGAACAGAGAAUCCAUAUGUGUCUGAGCCUCAGCAACUCUUACUUUCAGUCAGUGGUGUCCCAAUUUCACCCCCUCGAACAACCUCAGCUGAGCGUAAAAAGGAGAACCACUAUGUUUCAGACCCACGGCAGCUCCUGGCAUCAAUCAACAGUGCAUCAGUGUCUCCCCCUCUACCGCCUCAAUCAGACCAACAGACACCUGCGCAGGGAGCAGCCUCAGUGGCUUCCAAUCUCCUUUCUGCAGUAGCUGAUACUGAGGAAAUCUAUACAGCUCCACCGUGGGAAAGCGAUGUUGCGCAAUCCAGUAGUAGUCGAAGUGGCAGUGCAUCAUUGAAUGCUGAGGAGCUGAACACUCUCUUCAGUCAGCGUCACCAGAAGCAGCGUUGUUCUGUUGAAAACCCAUACUCUUCAACACCAGGGUUACAGCCUGAGGGUUCUCAAGAGGCACAGGCAGCUGCACAAAAGCCCGAGCAAGCAGUUGAACGGCUUGCUUCACCAGAUUGCAAUAUUGAACAGCAGCAGCAGCAAAGGCAACAACAACAACCUCAACGACCACUGUACAGAAGAGCUGCAUCGCCUCAGAUUGAUGUCGUCACAGCUGAGGUAGCAGCUGAUUUCCCCAUGUUGCCGCAACCAGAUCGGAGAUCGGUGGACAGUGCAUGUGCAGCUUCAAGGGAUGAAGCAAAGGCAGCCUCUCCAUCUACAACUGAGAGGAAAGGAGACAGAGCCCAGAUAACUGAAGAGCCGGAAUACAUCAACCAGGCAGCCAUUUUACAAUAUCAGCAGGAGCUGAGGAUGGCACAAAGCAGAGAGCGCUCACCUUCACCACCGCCAUUGCCACCGAAGAACGAACAGGCAGUGAGCAAGCCACCACCGCGUCCUCCAAAAUCCCAACGCAGCCUGUCUCCAAGCCAGCAACCGCAGCCGCAGCAGACCAAGCGGCAUUCCCCCGGUGACACUUCAAACUGUAAGAUACAUAUACCAGUACCAAGCCGUCCACCAAGAUCCACACAAAGCUGCUGUCCCGGCCGCUGUCCCACCGGCCGUGAAGCACAACACAACAGCAGCGGUAGCCCCCCUGUGCUGCCAAGAUCCACACAAAGCUGUCCCACCGGCCGUGAAGCACAACACAACAGCAGCGGCAGCAGCAGCCCCCCUGUGCUGCCAAGAUCCACACAAAGCUGUCCCGGCCGCUGUCCCACCGGCCGUGAAGCACAACACAACAGCAGCGGCAGCAGCAGCCCCCCUGUGCUGCCAAGAUCCACACAAAGCUGUCCCGGCCGCUGUCCCACCGGCCGUGAAGCACAACACAACAGCAGCGGCAGCAGCAGCCCCCCUGUGCUGCCAAGAUUUUCUUCACAUGACGCAGCAGCACUGCACACACCGCCGUUGCCGCCGAUCUCACGGCGCAGUGAAAGCACCGAUCACGCACAUUCCGACCGGGGGUCCGCGUCCGGCGCUGCAUCUAGCAUUGAUAUCAUUCCGCCGCACCUUGACAGGUCAACGCAUGGUGUCAGCAGUGAGUAUGGCAGGGCAGUGCAUGCAGAUGGAUAUCACGCGUCCAGCACCAGUAGAUCACAGUCCAGAGAUGAAUGGCAUCAUGGUUCUGCACCAGCCGGUCCACCGCCGUCACCGGCCGUUGUCAGCUCAGCUGGUCACUCGUUCAGACCACAAGUAACUUGUUCUUUAAGUGACGUGACAUCCCUGGACUUGAGAGCAGGUGUCAAGCCAUCUGGACCGACCGAGCUCAACAUCCGUCCAACCGCUCCGGUCGAUAGUCAGCACAAAACUGUAGCCUCUCACUCUGCUGUCAACCCACUGUCCAUGAUGUCUGACCCGCUGCCGCCACGAUUACCACCAACGCAUACUAAACCAGACGCGUUCUGGCCCAACAACGACGACAACGCACUGGGCGAUGAAAUCUACUCCAGUGCAGUGGACAUCGAUCAGACACCCGCAAACGUGUUUGGCUCGAGGGGCACUGCCGUUGGUGCUGCUAACAGCCAGGGCAGUAGAUGGAGCCAUCAGGCCAGUGAUUCCGCUUCCCUGCGAAGUUCCCAGAGCAAUCAGGCAUCUGCAGUGCGUCUUCCGCAGCUCCCGGGCAUGACUGUAGCGCCAACGCCCGCCAUACGGACACGGGAUGACGACGAUCACUAUGCCCCAGUCUUGCCGGUGCAGAGCGACUCUCCAGCCAUACCCAGCUGGGAUCAGCAGGGACCAAAGCGACAGCGUUCGCACGACUUUUCCAACCGAUCUGCAACCCUACCAGUCCGUCCAAAACGGAGUCGAGACCAAGGCAACUCGGAGUAUGGCUCGGUAAGCAACAGCAGCAGUGUCAGCAACAGCAGCAACGUCAGCAGCAGCAGCAGCAACAACGCUUGGGGAUCAGGAUUCAACAAGGAGACAACAUCGGGGCUGUUCCCGGAGGCCAUGCUGGACACCACGCUUAGCAAAACUGCAUCACUGACACGCAGUGGACGCAGUCACGACAAGCUGCCGGCGGUUCCCGAGAGUAAACGGUCGCCUGCCCAUCACAGCUCCAUGCCCAGGCUGGAUAAGGGCCCGGACAUUGGUGAUAGCUCGCCCACUCCACUUGAUAGGCUAGUUAGACGCGCGGCAUUGGAGCAACAGCAACAGCCAGGGCUUCCUCCGCGACCACCUAAGAGCCAGCCCGUGGUGACUGUGUCCUCUAGCAGUUCGCAGGCUGGAGCAGCAGGCAUGACCAGGGUAAGGAGUACAGGGAGGAUGGAUGCUAUCGACACUAGUGCCUCAACGACGUCGUCUUCAGCGAGGGAGUACACAUUGGGUGUGCCAGAUCCUGAUGACACAUCUGCCAGCUAUUUACAGCUGUUGGGUGGAAACUCACCAGAGCCGAGUGCAGAGUGCAACGACUCCGAGUACGGAUUCCAUCAUCAUCCUCCGGCACAGCUGCAGACCUUCCAAGAUCAACUCACUAUCGGUAAUGCAAGCGGCGGCGGCAGCACUGUGUAUAUCAAUCAAUACGGCGCUGACGCGCAAGGUCGCGAUUCACCAGUGCCGCCACUACGCCCGCCCAGGGGCACGCCAUUGCCACACGGUCGUCACGGCAACCAUGAUGACGACGGCGGAUGGUCAACGGACAGCGAGGAGUAUGUUGAGUUGAAGGUAGCCGGCAAGGCCAAGGCUCGCGACCGGCCUGAACGUACGACUUCAUCACACCGAGAUGUUCCGUCGCUGCCCAGGGAGCAGUGGUGACAGCAUGACAACCACUGACUGGUCAGCUGCUGCAGAAGAUGACGACGCCGCACCCCGGCACAAUGAGUAUGCUGGACUUUACACCUGACAGCAUGUAGCUGCUUGUUGGCUUUUCAGGCCGUCUAUAUCAACGAGGGGGCAAUUCAGCACGGCGUCCACAGCUAUGUGCAAUGGAAUUGUCACUCGCAUUGAACAGAGCAGUGGAGUGGAAUUAUCAGUAACAAUAUUUAUCCACAGUCUGCUUCAGCAGUCGAUAUCGAGUCGUUUUCUUCAAACAAUACCACAAUAAAAUAAUGAUGAACUUAGAUCCGCUGUACGCUAGUUGCUCUUAAUGUAUUCUUCAAAGAUAAGCUGUACCAGUUUGCAUGAACCAUUUUACUCCUGACAUUGAAGAAUUUCUUAUAUUACCCAAAUCGACAUGCGCUAUUAGCACGCCCUGAUCAGCACCAAAUGACAAUUUAAGUUUACAAAGGCAUUGUUUGUUAGGUUCUUCAUAUCAUAACUACUGCAGCAGCAGCAGCAGUCAGUGACUAACCAAACACAGUGUGUGUUCUGCCAUUCAUGAGCAUCUCUUGAUCAUGUGUUGCUCAUUUUAAGACAUGCAGUUUUGAACACAACCCACUGUGUGCGGCAGUGUAAUUAUUACACACAGCUAUUACACACCACCGGGUCGUCUGUGCUGGCCAGUGGCCAUAAUACACUGCCUGCUGACCUUGA